GACGCAUGCUUUCUCCUAGACGGAAGAGAAGAAACUCAAGAAAGCUCUCUAUAAAUAAGGGAUAGAGGGUGCUUGGGAGAGGCUUGAAGGCGCAGCUCGAGCAUCUCUCUCUCUCUAGUCUCUUCUUCGCCUUCUCUCCUAAUUUCUUGACUCGCAAGCUUAAAAUCUUUACAAGUAUGGUCGGAACUUCUCUGCAAUCCAACGACGUCGCCGCCAAAACAGCCAACAUCAACAACACCGUCAAGUUUCUCUGUAGCUAUGGUGGCAAGAUUCUUCCCCGUUAUCCUGACGGAAAGCUCCGUUACGUUGGUGGAGAUACCAGGGUCCUCGCCGUUGAUCGCUCCACCCCGUUUGCAGAACUUUUGGUGAAGCUUGGAGAGUUGUGUGGAUCCUCGGUGAGUCUCAGAUGUCAGUUGCCGACUGAAGAUCUAGACGCCUUGGUUUCGAUUACCUCGGAUGAGGAUCUCGCCAAUCUCAUUGAGGAAUACGAUAGAGCAAACAUGAGUCGAGACAGGGAGACGUCGUCGGCUCCUCCUCAGCUAAAGAUCAGGGCGUUCUUAUCCCCGCCCAAAUCCAUCAAAAAAAUAUCACCACCUCCUUCGGCGAGUUCCUCCACCACCUCCAGUGCCGAUGCUGCGGCAGCAUCGAAAUCGUUCCACCCGUACUCUGGAACUCGUUCGGUUAUUCCAGGCAUGGCGACCGAUCGAUGCUUCAAUCACAUCUCCACACCGACAUGUGAAAAUGAGCCAGUAGGGGCUGCCCUCUGCCUUAAGCUAUAGAGAGAAUGAAAGAAAGAAAGAGGAUUUAAUGGAUCGUGAUGAUGAAGGUGAUGUCGUCCUCGAUCUCUCUUUUUCCCCAACCCAAGGUUAAACUUAAAGAGAGAGAGGAGAGAGAGGUUUUGAAUUUUGAGAGAAAGAGAAGGAAAAAAAUCGGUGAUACUUUUCCUUUAUUCAAGGCGAGAACUUCGGAUGAUGCAGAUCCGGCCCGCUCACUCUCUUGUGUCUUGUGCUGAGACCUGAGGGGGGACCGACUGGCAUGGGAUUUUAUUUGUCAAGGUGAAGGUUAAAAAGAGUCUGAUACCGGAAAAACUUAUAACCAAUGAACCGGAACCGGUAUCAGUCAUUAGUCAUUAGGCGAAAGGCGGUAAGACUUAUCAGUCAUUAGGCGACACGAGAGAGAAAAGCGCGCGGGGGGAAGAGAGCAAAAAAGACGUAAAACUCAUUAGUCAUUAUAAACGAUGUCUCGCUGGCCAGUGGCCACCCAGAGUCCAAAGGCCUAUUUGGAAGCCACUUGGUGUUUGGGAGAAAUUUGAUCUGAAAAACAAUUAUGUGAAACGAGUGCUGUGCAUCGAUAGAUCGGAAAUAAUAAUUUCUCUAUUUCUCUCUCCCUUUAUACUUCUCUGAGGCCUGAGCUCGAAAGCUGUUAAGUGGACCUGUGUUUUGCCUACUUGUAUUGAAUAGAAAAAUACAUUAGUUCGAUAACGAGUGGGGAAGACCGAAGAAGAAUAAAAUAUGCCUCUGCGAUAUGGCAACGAUACCAGCUCUCUAUCUCACGAACCAGCAGAGAAAAUAAGACGAAGAACGCUUUAUCCUGUUUCUCUCGGGGCUUUCACGAAAGGUGCUACUAGUUUGCGCGGACGGCUAAACAUCUGUUGAUUAAACAGUUCUCAGUAGAAUCAAUAAUGAUUUGUUUCAUCACUGAUUAUUUUCUUUUAAAAAAACUUUAAUAAAUUUGACAAUAACAUGAUUCCCCAAUGGAAGGGGGAUGGACAA